GCUUCAACGUGAUCGCACAUUGCCACAAACGCGUUUUCCUUUAUCUCGCUAUGCGGCCUCUCUUUCGUGGAAAAAAAAAGAGCAACGAUUCGCGAAUGACCGGAAAGGUGCGACGAAAGUUCGUCGAUGGGCCCGAGGGACUGACGUUGCGCUCGCGCGCGUAAGAGAUGGUCGAGAAAGGAGGCGGGGUCCCUAACCACCUCGGCCCCGCUCCAAACCGCGAGAGGGGAGAACCGCUCUGUACGAGUGACUUUUGUUUCCGCCGCCAGAGGCGCUGCCUCACGAUGUAGCUUGCCAUCGUACUACGGCGUCACGGAGCCACACCUACGAGUUUCUCGACAAUUUCAACCCUAUCAAAUCGCUGAUCAUCACGCAGAGUUCGUUUUCAGACUACACGGAUAACCUAUGGAGAGUUACGAGGACGACGACGACACUCACUUCUGCAUCAAAUGCCAUCUGACGAUACACGGCCUCGACAAUUACGUACGACAUCGUCAAUCCGGAUGCCGGCCACGGGACGACAGGAACGUAGCCGCGCGGGUAUCACCCACGACGCCCGCUUCACCGACCACCGUUUUCUAUCCGGAGAUACUGAACGCGGACGCGUUCUUCAGUUCGCUGGAGCUACAGAGUAGCUCCAAGUCGAAUCCUCGAAAGGCAUCCGGUUUGCUCGAGGAAAGUAGGAAGUUCAAGAAGGACGACAAAAGGAAAAAAAGUCUGAAAUCGCAGGUGGACGCGGACGAAUCGCCGGUAAAAGAGAAGCUUCACAAUAUGUUGCCCGGAGUUUCGGAGCUCGAAAACCCGACCGAUCACCUCUGUAUGCCAUCUCUCGUUGGAUUUCCCGAUAUCGUUCCGUCCACGUCCAAUAAGCCUACGAUCGCGAGCAACCGAAACAAAUUAAGUCAAUCGAUGAGCAACGUCGCCACGAACAUCGACAGCGGUGGAUUUUCGGUGAAGCCCGAGCCGGAAAAUUCCUUGGAAGGUCUGAUGACGUCUCAGGAAUCCAAGCAGUCGGAUAGAAAACGACAGGAAGAAUCGCAAAGGAUCGAACAGGCUCAUCAAACGUGGUUGGAAUACACGAUGUUGGCCGAGCUGGUGUCGAACAACGAAAACAAGGAUCUGACCAGAUACGAGUACGAAUAUCAACAGGACGAGGAUUCGGAGGACGAUAUAUUGGAGGAAGAUAUGGGGGAGGAUGACUCUUACUUCGAGUCUGACGAUGGGGAAGAUCGAGAACGUCCACCGCGUGGUCACAUCGGUGGCAAAUGGAAGCCAGAAUUGGACGAUCUUCCUCAAAAUAUGUCUCAACUUCAGGACGACGACGUGGAGCCCGAAGACGAACAUCAAGAACAUCCGCCGCCGACUUAUACAGGGGGCAAGUGGCGACCCUCGGACGCCUCGCAGAAGGCAGAAGAGUACGAGACUAAGAGCAACGUCGGACAACCAUCGCCAGGACACACACGAGGGAAAUGGGUACCGGGCGCGCAAACGGAUAUCGAAUCAGGAUAUUGGUGCAGUCCUUGCGGCAGGAAACUUGCCUCUCGAUUGGUCUACAACAGGCAUCUUCUCUCUGAUUUGCACGCUAGAAGGAGCAUGCGAGAAAUCGAUGGCGUUCUUUGCCCGCCGCGUGCCGUCAACUUGCACGCACUGAAAAAAUCAUCGACUCGUAAUCAGAAAACUAAACAAGCGGCGGAAACGAAAGAAGCAAAGAAAAGUUUGCGAAAACGAGAAAAGGAAAUACUUUGUUGCGAAAUGUGCCAUGCCCGAGUGAGAAGAACGCAAAUGGGCAAGCAUUUGCUCUCUCAUUAUCACUGCCGCGUGGCAGGUGUAAAUCCUUGCGGCCCACGGGCGCGUCGCUUUUUACUAGAAAAUAUGGCGAAUGUGGUUCGGCAGUGCACUUUUCAGUGUUUCUCUUGUCGUUUUUACUGUAACACGGAGGAAACAUUCCUGCGUCAUUGGCGAUCCGAUCUCCAUGCAAAAACGCUCGACCAGAUCGCCGGCAGUUACAGAUGCACUCCUUGCGACUUUUGGUGCGAGGACAACGAAACGAUGGAAGCGCAUCUGGUCGAUUCGAGUCAUCGCGACGUUGUUUCCAUGAUGAAUGGUUCGGUACCGAUCAGGAUAGGUCGUCAGCGAGCUCUGACUUGCGGUGGUUGCGAUCGUCGAUUCCGUUAUAAUUUGCAACUUCGAUUGCACAUCAAGGAAACCGGCCACGAAGAGAGUUUGACCGCGACGGACGAAUAUCAACAGCGAAUCAAAUGCAAUCUGUGCCCGCAAAUAGUUCGAUCGUUGGUGGCACUUCAGCGUCACCAGUUGUCUUCCCACGUCACGAAGAUCGAGAAACACGAGACGAACGAUUCGUCCCAGCCAACGCCUUAUUUCUGUUCCUUCUGCUCGAUGAACUUUGCCACUGCUCGAGAAGCCGUAUUACAUCGAAGAACGUCCAGUCACAAGGAGAUGGUGAAGGCUCGGAAAAGCAACGAAGGCCCGUCGACGUCCACGGUUCGCCAGUGUCCUCAUUGCAAGCAGAAGCAGACGAAUUUGUCGGAGCACAAGACACACCUUCUCGAUAGUCACCCCGAGCUUUGUUACAGAUGUCCCAAAUGCGGUACGUUGUUUGCCCUCUCGCAAGACGUGACGAGGCACACGAGGGAAAACAAGUGCCAUGACUCAAACGAUGAAUCGAAUAAAACGAAAACAGCGGACGCGAGAGACGAAUGGAAAUGCAACAGCUGUAGCUUCUCGACCAACAUUCAGGCGGAAUUUAUCUUCCACGAAGCUCUUCACGCCGGGAUCGUACGAAACGAUAACGAAGACGAGAACUCUGGCAAAUCAUCGGCAAAGUAUUCUUGCCCCGUCUGCAAGAAGGCAUUCACGAAAGUGUCAUUACGGAAUCACAUCAGAAGCCACACCGGAGAGCGUCCGUUUCCGUGUGCCAAGUGUCUCGUGCCCUUUUCCAGGAGAUCCGACCUAAACGCCCAUCAGAAACAGUGCACGGCUUCGACAUCGUCGGGAUGGUCGGAAGGUUUGGGACGGAAACGCAGCUUUGUUUGUUCCGAGUGCAACAGCGCCUUCUACACAAAACACUCGCUGCGACAGCAUAUGCUGCGCCACGCUGGGAAAAAGUACAAGUGCGGACUUCCGGGCUGUCCAACGGUGCUCCGAACAGCCUCCGAAUUGAGAUCGCACAGAACCUUGGUACACGACAGCACGCCGUCUAAUAGACGAUACAAGUGCUCCGAUUGUUCUUACGCGGCCAAAACGAAAACUCAGCUACGCCGACACUGCACUCGGCACGAAGAAGCAGGGAACGCGGCGAAAUCAGAACUUCGCGCAUGUCCCUACAGUGGUUGCGCUUUUAAAACGAAGCUCGCUUCUCAUUUGCAGCGGCACGUGCGUCUCCACACGGGCACAAAGCCAUACAAGUGUCGUCAUUGUCCGUACGCCAGCAACAACUUGGAAAACCUGAGGAAACACGUGUUGUCCACGAACCUGCAUCCGGGCAAGACGAUCUACGAAUGCGACGUUUGCCAAGAAGACAACCCGGAGCCGUUCCAGACGAAUUUCGCGAAAGAGCUUCGCGCGCAUCUCUUGGAUGUGCACAGCGACGCUUUUCCAACUCCUAACCACGCGAACGAUUACGUGGUCGGGAUUUUUAAGGUUCGACGAGACUGCGACGAGUCGAAUUAAAAGCGCCGCAACCGUCGUUCGAAUAUACAUCCCGCGGAUCGUCAGCAGCGGCGAACAUAGCGCACUGGACGUUGGUGGUAUCGGCGUUGCUUCUCGUUGUUCGUGAUCGUGCGAACCGGUAGGCCUGUACCGUGCCAGGAAAUAGUUAAAGUGAUGUACGGUCACGUGGCACGGUACGUACUUUGGACGCGUACACGACCGAAUCUUUAUGUCCCUAGCGUCGAGAUAUUACGAGAAUCGUUCGAGUCCACCUGCUGAUAUCUCGGAUUCCUCGACGCGCCGGUACGCAGCAAGUACGUAAGUUUGCGAGUUGUCGUCAUUGUAUUACGUUUCGCUUCGUCAUACUCGUGUAACCGAAGUAGACGUAUACCGUUCCAUCGUUCGUUAGAAAUAAAGACAAACGUGACGAACGAAUUUACGAAGAGCGGUCGGUCCCUCGCGACUAAUCGUACUGUUUCGCGUCUUUGCUUUACACGAUAUCGGGAACGCGGACAAGAGCGGACGAAAGUACCGAGGCGUACGAAAGAGAGAGAAAGAGGGAGAGGGAAGGAGAGAGAAGGGAAUGGAACGAAACGAGACGAAACGGUCGUUGAAAAAUUCAUCGUGGCUGAAAGCCAGCGACGGACCACCUCGUGGAUCGUCUUACAAGACGCGUUUCCGUCUUCGAGGGUCCUGAUUGUGAGAAAUGCAUCGUGCUGUCGCGCGAGAUAGGUGUCGUAAAGUAUGCGGCCCUUGAGUUCUCCUGGGCAAAAAGGACGAGACCGAGCUGGAAAGACGGAGAGAGGAGAGAGAGCACGGGCGUCGUGAGCGCGAAGGAUAAUUUAUUGACUAAUUAACGAGGAUGUCCUUCAUUACGGGUCGAGCAGCAGUCGUGGUCGCUUGCUCUCGCUCGGAACCGGCAUUAUUUGGCGCCCGAAUAUUUACGACCGCGUCCUCCUUCUGCCCGUGGACCGGGCCCUCCGCCCCGAUACCGAUGCCGAUGCCGAUGCCGAUGCCGAUGCUGAUGCCGAUGCCGAUGCUGCUCUGCUGCCUCUGUCCCCUGCUUGAGAAACACAAACCGUGAGGGAGAGGCCCGGGGUGGACAAGGAGAAGAGGAAAGAGCGCGCGGACCCAUAACGACGUGUCCCGAUCUUACGGCGAUUCGGGGACUUGGAAUUUCCUUGCCGAUGGCGAUCCUACGGCCUACUCCGACACACGAGCACGAAAUUCGCGGGCGUUACUCUUCGGACAAAGGAUCGCGCUUAAAUCUUGCGAAACUCGCGCCGCUUCUCUCGCCGCGAGACCCGCGUCUAAAUCGAUUCAACGACCGAACCAGAGCUCAUCGAAACCACCGUGUGAUCGUGGCACGAUUCGCGUUACAGCUAUUGGUAAACCUACGGCUAAUGCAGAGGCGACUUAUGCGCGUAUUAACUUUAUUUCUGUCCGAGUAUAACUCUGACAGGGUACACGCGGUGUCCUUAUAACGGCCUCCCCUACAAAUUUCGGAACGUACGUACAUAUAUAUUCUGCUUUAAGCGAGUAUGGCAUUAGCCAGAGCGUCGUUUACUCGGUCACGUAACUUUGAGUUAAUCUUUGGAAACUUAGUACACGUUGCGAGUUCGUUCUCGCGAGUCUUUAAGCUGCGUCGCUCUUCUCGUCCACCGUUCGCGGCUAACGGCUAACGUUCCGUACGAUGUUCGAAAAGCUAGCAGAUAUAAAGAGACCCGUAAGGAAUCGAGUCUACGCGGGCAAAGAAUCGUAAAAACUAGCGCGAAAAGGGAAUGUACGAGGUCUGCGUGGCUGUCUUUCGGGCAUCUUUAUAGCGAGUUUAUCACGGGGAACAAGGAAACCGAUACGUAGAAAGAAAAAGUAACGCGAAAUUAGUGUGAACUGCAAAGUGCUAAGAAGUCGCGACAGGAUGGUUAGGUACACCGCUUAAUGAAGAUAUAACGAGCCUGGCGCCCCGUGGGGUUGGCACGACGACGUCGGCACCGAGACGCCCCCCACCUUCAUUCCCCAACGCGUCCUCGUCGUUUCUGCAGCAGCAGCAGCCCCUUCUCGCAACGAGUCUGCGGGCCUCGGAUUACGCCAGAACACUCGUCCUCUUUACGAUCUUAGCCGGGCAGCGUGGCUCGCGAAAUUCCGCGGACUUUAUUCCCCUAAUUACACUCGGCAACUUAUGUCACUGCCAGCCGGAGAUUCCCCUCGCGAUGUCGCUUCACCGCGUCAUUUAUUUAGACAGUUAAUAACCUUCAACGGUUAGCUGCGUUAGCUGCGACUUUAUGGAUGCCGAUAGUCAUCGAACGAUCGUGGUGAUUAAUCGUGAUUGGCCGUGGCCGUGAUUGGUCGGUCAGUUCGUCGAAAGCGGCUUCUCCGCGUUCUAAAAGCGAGGAGAUUUUGUCGGUGUAGAGCGGCCGUGUCACCAGCCGCCACGUCUUAUCUUAUCCCGAAAAAAGCGCUAUAAAUUACGCUGUUCGAGUUCAAUUUCGUAGGCAGUUCGGUUAAUCGCGAGGUGAUUGAUCGUACCAAGGUAUAUCCAGAUGAAUCCACGCAAUACUUUCUACCGUGACAGCAGAGCUCUCGCAUACGGCACUCGACGGUCUCGCUUCGCCUCUCCUCUUCUCCUCUUCUCUCCUUCUGUUUCCUCGUCGUCUUCCUUUCUCCCCUCGUCCCCCCCCCCACUCUCCUUUUUUUUGUUCGUUG